GCUAUGCUAAUGUUGUUGAUAUCCUGGGGCCACCCGAGUUAAAGGGGGGAAAUCCGGGGGCUGCCGUAGCCGCCACCAGUCUGGGCCCAAGCAGGGCCCCCCUGUAAUCGCGGUAGUCCCGGGGAGAGGCGCCUACCCCCUAGCUCGGGGAGGGGGCGCCGCGGGCCCGGGGAGCACGGACAACCCCUACCCAUGAGGCCCUGAUGGAAAACACAAAGGAUCUGCUUUUCAGGUUCAUACUUAAGGAUUCAUAGCUUUCUUUUGAAGAACUGAAGGCCUACUCAUGUGAAUUAUUUUAUACGUCAUUCCUGUGUGACUGAACACUCUUCACAAAACAGAAGGAAAAGAAGAGACUUAUUCGGGAUGUUUGACGGUUAUGAUAGCUGCAGUGAGGAUACAAGUAGCAGCUCGAGCUCUGAAGAGAGUGAAGAAGAAGUUGCUCCUUUACCUUCUAACCUCCCAAUUAUCAAAAACAAUGGACAAGUCUACACAUACCCAGAUGGUAAAUCUGGCAUGGCUACCUGUGAAAUGUGUGGAAUGGUUGGUGUGCGAGAUGCUUUUUACUCUAAAACAAAGCGUUUCUGCAGUGUUUCAUGUUCAAGAAGUUAUUCGUCAAAUUCCAAGAAGGCAAGCAUUUUGGCCAGACUUCAGGUAACGGGUAAGCCUCCAACAAAGAAAGCAAAAGUUCUUCAGAAACAACCUUUAGUUGCUAAACUAGCUGCAUAUGCUCAGUAUCAAGCUACCUUGCAAAAUCAAGCAAAGACAAAAGCAGCAGUCUCUGUGGAAGGCUUCAGCUGGGGUAACUACAUCAAUAGCAAUAGCUUUAUAGCAGCUCCAGUUACCUGCUUUAAACAUGCACCAAUGGGGACCUGCUGGGGUGAUAUCUCAGAAAAUGUGAGAGUAGAAGUUCCCAAUACAGACUGCAGCCUGCCUACCAAAGUCUUCUGGAUUGCUGGAAUUAUAAAAUUAGCAGGUUACAAUGCCCUUUUAAGAUAUGAAGGAUUUGAAAAUGACUCUGGUCUGGACUUUUGGUGCAAUAUAUGUGGUUCUGACAUCCAUCCAGUUGGUUGGUGUGCAGCCAGUGGAAAACCUCUUGUCCCUCCUAGAACUAUUCAGCAUAAAUAUACAAACUGGAAAGCUUUUCUAGUGAAACGACUAACUGGUGCCAAAACACUUCCUCCUGAUUUCUCACAAAAGGUUUCAGAGAGUAUGCAGUAUCCUUUCAAACCCUGCAUGAGAGUGGAAGUGGUUGACAAGAGGCAUUUGUGUCGAACACGAGUGGCAGUGGUGGAAAGUGUAAUUGGAGGAAGACUAAGGCUAGUGUAUGAAGAGAGUGAAGAUAGGACAGAUGACUUCUGGUGUCAUAUGCACAGCCCAUUAAUCCAUCAUAUUGGUUGGUCUCGAAGCAUAGGUCAUCGAUUCAAAAGAUCUGAUAUUACAAAGAAACAGGAUGGACAUUUUGAUACACCACCACAUUUAUUUGCUAAGGUAAAAGAAGUAGACCAGAGUGGGGAAUGGUUCAAGGAAGGAAUGAAAUUGGAAGCUAUAGACCCAUUAAAUCUUUCUACAAUAUGUGUUGCAACCAUUAGAAAGGUGCUGGCUGACGGAUUCCUGAUGAUUGGGAUCGAUGGCUCAGAAGCAGCAGAUGGAUCUGACUGGUUCUGUUAUCAUGCGACCUCCCCUUCUAUUUUCCCAGUUGGUUUCUGUGAAAUUAACAUGAUUGAACUUACUCCACCCAGAGGUUAUACAAAACUUCCUUUUAAAUGGUUUGACUACCUCAGGGAAACUGGCUCCAUUGCAGCACCAGUAAAACUAUUUAAUAAGGAUGUUCCAAAUCAUGGAUUUCGUGUAGGAAUGAAAUUAGAAGCAGUAGAUCUCAUGGAGCCACGAUUGAUAUGUGUAGCCACAGUAACUCGAAUUAUUCAUCGUCUCUUGAGGAUACACUUCGAUGGAUGGGAAGAAGAGUAUGAUCAGUGGGUAGACUGUGAGUCCCCUGACCUCUAUCCUGUAGGGUGGUGUCAGUUAACUGGAUAUCAACUACAGCCUCCGGCAUCACAGUCAUCAAGAGAAAGCCAAUCAAGUUCAUCAAAACAGAAGAAAAAGGCAAAGUCCCAGCAAUACAAAGGACAUAAGAAAAAGAGGAAGAUGCCAAUUGGGAAGAAGCCUGUCAGUUUGUCGAGCCUGCCUAUGACAGGUGGGGUGCGGAGGAGCUUCUCUGGUGACGAAGAGUUGACUCCUCCUCCAUAUCGAACCCUUCCAGCACAGACAGCCCCGGAGGCCUUCCCACCUCCCAGCACUAGCCGAGAGUUCAGUCCCAGCCUCAAAACAGUGACUACAUUGCAGCUAAAGGAGGAGUUGUUAGAUGGAGAUGAUUAUAAUUUCCUCCAAGGAGCAUCUGAUCAGGAAAGCAAUGGCUCUGCCAAUUUCUACAUCAAACAAGAGCCCUGAUAUGGUUCUGAAACUGAGGGUGGGAGGGGAAGAAUUUUACACAGGACUGAUUUAUAAUCAAUCCAGCUGUACAGUGGGGCUAUUCUACUGGGACAUUUUGCUAAACAGAAAAUUUCAGUUCCAGAUUUUUCAGGUGGGUGGGGAAACUAUUUUAGUCGUUGGGGGAAAUUUUUCAAUUUAUAAAGAUGGACAAUUUUUGUGUUGUAUUUGAAACUUUUGAAAGAAUUUUGUAAUAUUUUCCAAGUUUGGAUUUAUGUGCAUUGUUAACAAGAACUGAAAUUCUAACUUUUUGGUAAGAUUAAAGUUUAGGUAGCAGGAUUGAAGGAAAUGAUUUAAGAAGGAUAUAGUUGUAAAUGCAAAUGAACCUUUUGGUACUUGUUGGGAGAUUUGGGAUUUUAGAAGUUAGGCCAGUCACAUCUCCAGCUUCCUUUGCUGCAGAAAUAUGCAACUGAGCCCCCUCGUGAAGGGCUCAUCACCACAUAGAUCAUGGAAGGGAUAAUUCUGCUUGUUAGCAUUUUAUUGCAGCCCACUUUAAAUGUUUGUACAGAAAAUGUUUUUCAUUCUGUGAAAAUUUAUUUGGGGUUCUUUAUGAAGCUGGAAGAACUCUGGAUAGUUUUAUAUGUUCUCCUUUAAUUAAAAAAAUGGUUAAAAUUAUCCUAACACUAAAAUGUUAAACUGGAAUGGUUAACAAGAUAUACAGGAUCUCGGUCUACAUGUUGAGGGUUGGGGAAAAUGCAAUAUCGUUAUAAUUUCAUUUUAUUCUCCUUACUAAAAAAUACCCCACAAAAGGGAUUCUGAUCAUCUCCAUUUCUCUCUCCAUCUGUGAGAUAAUACUUGGUAUAGCCACACCCCAAAGCAGAUGUUCUGUAUUACCAGGAGAAUCAGAAGUUUUUUUAAAGCCACAAUAAGUUUAAAUUUCAAAAUCAUUCCAGCUCUGCUUUUAACUACUCUGAAUUUGUUAGGAAACUAAUUUGAAAGAGAAUUUAAUUUUCUUAAAAUUCCAUUUAUAUAUAUAUAUAUAUAUAUAGUAUGAAUAGCCUUUAAUUGUAUUCAGAAUUAAUUUUUUUAACAAUAAAAUUUGAUUUGGACCAUUUUGAACAUUCCCUAUUUUAAAAUUCAUAUUUCCUUUUUAAAAAGAAUGUAAGGGUAAAUUGGUGAAAGGUUUGCUCUCUACAUUUUCUAACUUUCUGAGUUGUGACUGAAUGAGAGAGCUCUAGCGUUUACCAGUGAGGUUCAUAAACUAAACUCUCAGGAAUUAAUUGCGUCUGUUCUAGAAGUGCUUCUGGGUCUUAGCCUGGCCUCUUCAGAAUGGUAAUAUUCACCAUCUCCUCUGGAAUAUAGGUAGGGCUAAUUAGAAAUUAAUCAAAAUGAUUAACCUCUACAGUCCGUCAGCCUAUGGAAUGCUUUAAAAAGAAAAUUAAUGGAAAGCCCCAGGAGACCAUUUUAGAUAAAGUUUUUUUGUUUGACUUUUAAAAUGCAUAGAACGUUAAAAACCAGCAAUUUUAUUUUCUAAAAUAAUGCUCUACUUUUAGGAAUAGUAACAUUGGUAAUACGCACAGGUUUACCUCAUUCUAUGCAAGAGGGGUUAAUAUCAUAAGGUUUUGUAGUUGCUACUGGAAGUAAAAUUUGUUGCUUUGUAGUAUAAGAAUGUGUGGAAUCGCAUGGCAACAUUUCUUAAAACUGACUAGGGGCAUAAAUGCAGACCAUAUCAACGCCAAGUUGAUUCUCAUGUGUCAAAUGUAUGUGAAUUCAGCUGUUAAAUUACUGGAUAUUUAUCUUAAACAAUAGUACUGAGAGGGACCUACUGUUAAUGUGACACCUUCACACUUCCCAAAUCUUUAACUUUGAAGAAUCCUCCAUAAGCUUAGAGUCUAGGAGACUCCUGAAGUAAGGGGAACAGCAGUCUUUAUUCUCUGGCUCAGUGAAUCAAACCCAUGACUGAUUUUAUGGGCACAAGAAGCCAAUUGUGUGGCAUGCUUUACUAAUAUCUUGGGCUCAUGGGCUCUACGGGGAAUUGAAUAAACCAGAAGGGAUUUGAUCUGAAGCCUGGUAAUUAGAUCUGUGAAAUGCUCAUUUGUAGCCAGGUUUUAUAAGCUCCAACUCCAUAGCAAAGCCAGGCUCUGAGUGUUCUCAUUCUUCCCAGCUAUUCAUGAAGUGUUUCUUGUCUUAUCCAUGACCAACAGUUAAUGGUUGGUAAGUACUUCCUACACUCUGAAUAUCAUCUGAAAGCCCUCUUCACUCUUAACUCCUCCUACUAAUGAAAAGAAAUUUAAGUUAAUGCAGAGGAGAAUUAUAUCUUAGCCAUAACUACAGUUGUACUACUCAAUAGCCCCACUCUCUUUUAUCGUUAUUCAAACUGUACUGCUGACCUUGGAUUUGUCUUUUUUUUCCCCCUCCCCUUCUCCCUUUUAAGACUAUUUGGCUUUUCUUUCUUUUCAUUUCUUUUUUGUCCCCCUUUGUUUUUAGUAGUUUAGACUCUUUAACCUUUUCCUUGCUGUGUAUGAGGAAAGCUAAGGCUGUUAUCAAGUUUUUAUUCUACGGAUACUAACACGGGUUUUUCAUUGUUUGUUUAUUAUUAUUAAUUUUUUGCGUGAUGUGAAUACCCUCUCCCAUCAAUAUUUGUAUUAUGGUGCUAUAUAUUUGGUAAUGAUCCUUUGCUAUUGGGAAGGGAUUUUAAAAUACUGUGAUUAAACUGGGUUUCUUCCUUUGAUUUUCAUAUUUUAAAUAAAGCCACAGUCAUUUAUACAAAAGAAAAGCAUCUGUCCCUGGGCAAAUCUUUAGAGGACAGAGGUCAAAGUAAACUACAUAAGGUUUUUACAUCAUUUCUGUAUGUAUUUGAUAUAUAGAUCAAUAUCUGUACAAAUUUAAUCUUUUAUUUUCUUGGUAUCUUGUGAUUAUUGAGAAAGUCUUUAAAACUUUCUCGUGAAAUGUACAUAAUUGCGUGAAAAUUCCUUCAGAGAAAUUUAUGUUCCUUUCAUUUCUACCAAAUUGCAAAUUUUCAGCAUGGAUGUGAAGCAUUAAAAUUAUAACUUUGUGUACAAGAUGAAAAUAAUUCACUAAAUUUGCCCUUUUUUUACACAAAAUAAAAUGUUGAAAGCUAA